GUAAGAGUCUCCCCUCGGACCGCUCACCUGCUUUUAACGCACAUGCGCGCGCGGCGUCGUCCCGGUCUGCGUGUCUUCUGGACUCCCCUCGUCGGUGUCGUCGGCCCAUCGCCAUGCUGCGCGCGCUGCUGUGCGCGUGUCUCCUCGCGGCGCAUCUGUGCGCGGCGGGCACGAGCCGGACCCUCAAUCUGCGACCGGUAAUCGUGAAUCUCACAAAGUGUUCGAUGGUCAUAACUCGAUGCAACAGGAAAUGCCUCGAGGGGACUUCCCAAAAUUUGGCACCGACGUCCAUCUGGAUGAGAAUCAAUCUCACAGAAACGGACUACAGGAACAUCUUCUUCUCCAUCAACGGGCUGCUGCUGCCGGGAGGAAACGUCGACCUGGAAACGUCGCAGUUCAGCCGAGCUUCCAGGAUCUUCUACGACCUGGCUCUGAGGGCCAACAAAGCCGGGGACUUCUUCCCGAUCUGGGGAACCUGUCAGGGCCUCCAGCAGCUGUCUGUCCUCACGGCCGACCAGAACCUGCUGACCGACACCGACACCGAGGCUGUGGCUCUGCCUCUCAACCUGACCCCAGCGGCCGAGUCCAGCCGUCUCUUCAGAAAUUUCCCCAAAGACCUGAUGCAGAAUCUGGCCGAGGAAAACAUCACCUCCAACUUCCACAGAUGGAGUCUGUCUGUGCAGAACUUCAGCCAGAGUGCGUUGCUGAAGAGGUUCUACAAGGUCCUGUCCACCAACAGUGACGGGGAGAAAGAGUUCAUCUCCACCAUGGAAGCCCACCGCUACCCGUUCUAUGCAGUGCAGUGGCAUCCAGAGAAAAGCUCCUUCGAGUGGACCGAUAAGCCGGGCAUGGUUCACUCCACGGCCGCCGUGAGAGCCAGCUUCUACACCGGCGGCUUCUUCGUCUCUGAAGCCAUGAAGAGCCACCACCGUUUCUCCCGCCCCCGGCAGGAGGAGGAAGCCCUGAUCUAUAACUUCGCCCCCGUCUACAUCCGGGGUCGCGCCGCCUUCGUGCAGAUAUACUACUUCGACUGACGGCGUCUUUAAGAGUUUAACACAAACGGCACGUCAACAACUAUCAGCUGAUGUCACAGUCAUAACAAAUACAUCGACGGGGAGGAAAUAGAGUGACAAAGAACACGAGCCAAUAGGAAAACAAGUAGAACGCCAUAUGCCGAUGAUACGCUCUCUCCAAACCGCCUCCGAGUGCCGUGGCUGGUUAGAACUCAAACAGUGGCAGAAGGAACACUGAGGGACUAUAUUCUACCUCCAGUUAUUUAGGUCAAAUAUUUAAAUGCAUUUAAACUAAACAUAUAAAUAGUGAUGAACAUUCGGUGGACAAAAAUACAGUAAAAUGUCCAUUAUCUAAUUCUCAGGGCCUCAUUUUCAUCCUGUUACAUGUUUAAAAUACAAAUAAAAAACUCUUUUUUAAAUGUUCUAUUGGGUUCAUCCGCUGCUGUUUGACUAUUAAUUAGUUAAUUAACAAAGAAGUUAAUGUAUGUUUUCUGGACUUUAAUCGUAAAACGUAGAAAGAGAAUAGAUAGAAUAUACACUUUUAUUAAUCCCCAAGGGGAAAUUAGUUCUCUGCAUUUAACCCAUCCUUAGUUAUUAAGGAGCAGUGGGCUGUGGUGAAGCGCCCGGGGGUUCAGUGCCUUGCUCAAGGACACUUCGACUUGCAACUAAUGGGGAGAGCGGGGAUCGAACCCACAACCCUGCGGUUGCAGGACGGCCCUCUUACCCCACUGAGCUAAAGCCACCCCAGUGAGGAGGAACUUUCUGUUGCACCUCAUAUGCACCUCUAGGAGGAUCAUUUAAAGUCGGCGUGCAUCAAUACCAACUCAGUCUGCAGACGUCACUUUGAAUUUAUCUGUUUUCAACUGUUUCUAAAUUCAAAACAUGUUUUCGAUUUGAUUUCGGAGAUUUAUGAACUUGAAAAAGUCCUAUUCUUAUUAAACUGAUAUCAAUAAACCUGC